UUGGGUUUUCUAAUCAAAAAAAUUUUAUAUAUUUUUAAAAUUUACACAUCAGAUUACCAAAUUAUAUAUAAAUUUACGUUAGUCGAAAACCCAAUCCAGUAGUAAGACGCGAAACAAUUUAACGGAUAAGCAUUACAAUGGAACAGCAAAUUAAGCAAUUAUACUAUUUCGAUGCUAUUUUGGAGAAAUCAACGCUCAAACACAAGCCAGGGGAGCCCUGUCCUUACACGUAUAUGGUUUGUCCAUAUAAACAAUACUUAAAAGUGACAGAUGAUCGUAUCUAUGGCAAAGAAUUUCCCGAUGAGGCUCUGGGCGAAUUCGUGGCCAACCCAUACGAAUUGGCUGAAUCCCUGACAUCCAAGGGCAUCCGCUUGGCUAUCUACGAGAAUGGGCAACUGCUGGGCUGCGGCUCCUUUAGGCCAAUCGAUGAUAUUCUGCGCCCGCUGACUGAGCCAACAUUUACGGCCACCGGGGCCUACACCGUCGAUGCGGAGCAGGAGGGGGUGCGAGUGGCGCGCGUUGACUUCAAUAUCAAGUUUAGUGCUGCCGAUCCCCAACUGGACUCACGGAUGAUUCCGUUCGGCUGUUUUGAUAUCUGCCGAACGCUCGAUACGUCCAUCAAUCCGCGUGACAUAAUAUUCACGCUGGGCCGCUCCAAACGAACCGCCGCAGUCGCGUGCAUCACGGACAAGCGUCUAAUGUCGUUUGGCGAGGCUCCCUUCAGCUGCGUUCGCAAGGAGGUCAACUCGACUGCCGGCUGUGGCUGCGUGCUGCAUGGCACGGAUACGGUGGUGCCCAAGGCACUGGAUCGAAGCAAGGAGUGCGAACGUGAAUUGCUCAAUCGGCUGCUCAUCGAGCUGGAGUACGACAAGAUGUUGGUGCCCACACCGCCGCCGACCCAUGCGCUGUCCAGGCAGUUCAACGGCUCGAGGCAGGCCAACUACUCGAGGCAAGCCAGGUGCAGACCGGGACAACAGCGUUGCGGAUGAUCGAGUGACUGGCCAGCUGUCCAGCAGCAUCGCGUCUACCGGCUGAAAUACCAGCAAGAGGAACCUCAGAUACCUACGAUUGGCAGUGGCUGAUAGGAAAUACGCCAGCGGCUCUCAAACUGCUGCCAAUGCCAAGUUCCUUCGAUCAGCUGCUGGUGGGUCCUCUCUGAAGAGAUUUCGUAGACAUUAACAAAGCCCGCACCGUAAUGCGGACGGAUAGUAGUGAUCGAAUGUUUAAAUCCAAAUUCCUUGUUCACAAAAUGCACCGAAGAUUUUAACUACAGAUUUAUGCAAGGUUUUGCAUUCCAAAUAAAUUUCAAAUAGCUGUC